AUGAGAUGCCCUUGGCGUUUGUUAGGCGUUGUGGAUGACAAUGACCAACGCAAGCUCUCAAGAAGCUUGCGUGAACAGAAAACUGUUGUCGAAUACGGCUUAUUGACCACUGCAAAUGGCUUCUGCGAAUCAUUUUCUGUUCGUUCUCUUGUCUGCAGCCAAAUGGUGGACACCUCAAAAUAUAUCGCACCCGGCGGUGCUGCUUGA